AUGUCAAUCAUCCAACAGCAUACAAGCGCUACCCUGAGCGACGCUUGGCGCACCAUCAACAUUGACGCUCUGGAGGAGGAUUCCAGCGUCAACUUCGACACCUCCACCCUCCACCCCCCACAGCCCGAGAUCGACGAGGCGGAAGUGCGACAGCUUUCUGGACAGAUCAGACAGCUACUGCGAGGAGGCGAUGCCGAGGGAGCUUUGAGGGGAAGUCUGGAGACGCCCGUCUACAACGGAACAGAUGCUGCCAAGGAUGCGCAUUUGCACACUAUUAUUGAGGUUCUCCAAUCGAUCAAGGCGAGCGAUAUGUCACCCCUGCUGAAGAGCAUCUACGGAUCCGAUGGAGGUCCCGAGUUGUUGGAUGUCUUGAUGAAGUACAUUUACAAGGGAAUGGCCACAGCUCAUCCCGGAGCAGCUUCGCGAUCACCAAACAAGAUUACACCCCAGUCGACAGGAGGCUUUAGCCAGAUCGGAGGACGACCUGGUGGCGCGAACGAAUCCGCAACCGCAGCCAUGAGUGUACUUCUGAGCUGGCACGAAAAGGUAGUUGAGGUCGCCGGUCUUGGAUGCAUCGGUCGAACAAUGACGGACUGGCGCAGGGUUUAG